AUGGAGGGAUCGGCGACGGAGGGAAAUCACGGAGGCGAUCCCCGCGCCGAGCAUGCCGCAACCAAGGAGUCCGAGGCGGCGGCAACGCAACACCAUCUGACGCUGCUCCAGCCGACCGUGGUCGAAGUUUCUGCAGCCGUGCUGGAUAAGGACAAGGUGGGGGAGCACGAGUCGGUGGGGCUGGUCGGUGGCUCUCCACCUUCUGGUGGACGGGGGAGGCGUAAGCAGAGGAAGAGCGAUGGGGAGGACGAUUAUGACACCGCCGUGCCCGGAGACCUCAUUACGCGGGCGAAGAGGCGGCAGAUGACAGGUAGUGCUGACGACGCCGGAGGCGCGGCAGUUGGGUUACCGCGAGGCGCCAAGGAAGCUAGUGGCAAGGCGGGCGGUCAAGCAUUGCGCCAGAAGGGCCGACCCGCAGCAAGAAAAGCAUCCGGCGGAAGGAGAGGCAAGAAAGCAGCGACGGGAACAAAGCCGAAACGGGGCGAUGAAGACCCCGGUGAUGCGGAGGAGGAGGAGGAGGAGGAGGAGGAUGAGGAGGGUGCGGAGGGAGAGGAGGAUGAAGAGGAAGCGGAGGAGGAUGACGCGGAUGUUGGGGAGGAUGAAAAAGAUGAGAAUGAUGGCGGGAAGGACGAAGAGGAGGAGGAGGAGGAGGAGGAGGAGGAGGGGGAGGAGGAGGAGGAGGAGGAGGAGGAGGAGGAGGAGGAGGAGGAGGCAGAGGAGGAGGGGGAGGAGGAGGAGGAGGAGGAGGAGGAGGAGGAGGAGGAGGAGGAGGAGCAGGGUGACGACAAGGAGGAGGAUGUGGAGGAGGAGGAGGAGGCAGCGGAGGAGGAGGAGGAGGAAGAGGAGGAGGAGGAGGAGGAGGAGGAGGAGGAGGAGGAGGAGGAGGAGGAGGAGGAGGAGGAUGUGGCGCCAGUGAAGGGACGAGGCGGGCGUGGCAGACGGUUUGUUACACGGGAGGAGUUCCAGGCGCUGCGGUCUGAGAUGUACGCCAUGUUUGCACAGCUUGGCCUGCGUGGUGGAGUACCUGCCAGCUAUGCCGGCGGGUCGGCAGCCCUGCCUAUGGCUGGUACCUCGUCGCCGAUGAGCGCCGUGGACAAGGCACGAGUGCUAGUGUUGCAGGAGACAAACCCAUUCCCGGUAUGUGGCGGGCCACAUGGGGAGGGUUGGGGUUGA